CGAGUGUUACCGCUGUCUCUGGAAGAGACAUGACAGUCAGUGUGUUCUCAUCAGUGGAGAGUCGGGAGCAGGGAAGACCGAGAGUACCAAGCUGCUGCUCCAGUUCCUGUCUGUGAUGUCACAGAACUCAGCCGGGACAGCCCACACUGAGAGGAGCACCCGUGUGGAGCAGGCCAUUAUCCAGAGCAGCCCCAUCAUGGAGGCGUUUGGGAAUGCCAAGACGGUGUACAACAACAACUCUUCCCGCUUUGGGAAGUUUAUCCAGCUCCACUUCUCCCAGAGUGGGAACAUCCAGGGAGGCUGUAUCAUCGACUAUUUACUUGAAAAGAACCGUGUGGUGAGACAGAACCCUGGAGAGAGGAACUAUCAUAUCUUCUAUGCUCUGCUGGCCGGGGCCGACAAGAACCAGAAAGAGCUGUACUUCCUGUCAGAGGGCCCAGAGUCAUACCACUACCUGAGUCAGUCUGGCUGUGUGAAGGACAGGAGUCUAGAUGACCUGAAGCUAUAUGAUAGUUUUAUG